AUGGAGUCCACCGAAGGAAUCGACUACUCUGCCGAAACCGCCAGGGACCUCAAGCCUCCAUACUCUUACGCGCAACUCAUUGGCAUGGCGAUUCUCGGCACCGAGGAGCAGCAGAUGACUCUCAACAACAUCUACAAAUGGGUAAUGUCCAACUAUGCAUUCUACCGCCACAAUACCGCUGGCUGGCAGAACAGUAUUCGUCACAAUCUCAGCUUGAACAAGGCUUUCACCAAAAUCCCGCGUCGCACGGACGAGCCUGGAAAGGGCAUGAAGUGGAUGAUUGCGCCUGAUGAGUUUGACAAUUUC